AUGCUAGGAUGGCAGAACCCUCAAGGAAAUAAGUACUUCCGAGUACAACGUCGAGAGGCCGAUGAAUGCGAUGAACGGACGGCGAUAUUUUUCUACAAGUUGAUGAUGAAAAUAGCAGAAGAGCUUCAUCAGUCCACCACUGCCCUGACAAUACAACAAGCUUGCCCUUGCCCUAUCAAUAUCCUUGACAUGUGCAUGGCACCUGGGGGCUUUCUCAAAACUGCCUUGAACAAAAACCCCGGAUCGCGCGCCCUUGCUUUUAGCUUGCCCAUUACAUGUGGAGGCCAUAGAAGCCGCCUGCCUAAAAGCCCGAGCAUUGAACUAAGGUUUCUAGAUAUCACUCUGCUCGCUACAGACAUGGGAGUGGAACAGAUCCCCCAAGGUCACUCUGAUGCCAAGAAUUUCUUGCCGCGGCAAUUUGAGUCAAAUCAACUAUUUGAAUUAGCCAUCUGUGACGGCCAAGUUCUCAGAAAACAUGAACGCGCCGCCUAUCGAGAAGUCCGAGAAGCUAGACGGUUAACAGUGACGCAAUUAUCUCUUGGUCUUCAGUUUCUCCGGCCCGGCGGGACCAUGAUUCUCCUUCUUCACAAGCUUGAAGCGUGGGAUACUGUGACACUCGUCUACACAUUUAGUCAAUUUUCCUCAGUGCAGCUUUUCAAACCAAAGUCGGGUCAUGCCAAGCGAUCAUCAUUUUAUAUGGUUGCGACUGGCAUCCAAAGUCAGUCCGACAAAGCCCUUCGAGCAAUUAAUAGGUGGAAAAGAAUUUGGCGUGUGGCUACUUUUGGCUCCGAUGACGAGUAUCGGGAGGAACUCCGGAAAGAAGAUCUUCAAGUGGAGACAGUGAUUGAGCGUUUUGGCCAAGAACUUGUUGCUUUAGGUAACGAAAUUUGGAAAGUUCAGGCCAACGCACUCAAAAAGGCACCAGUUGUCAAGUCUAUUGUCUGA